AUGUAUAGACCAUUCAUGACAUGUGAUGAUCCAAAAGGGGUAGUUGAGUGUGGGGCUAUAAGGAAAUAUAGGACCAGUUCUCAGAAAAUGAAGGACAAGACAAAAACUGGGAGGCCGGCUGAGACAUCAUUGGCUAACAAACAAGACAAAGAAAAGAAGGUUUCAAAAGGAUCCGCAGAAAGGUCUUUUGAUCCAUCAUCCUUGCAGCUCAUGGAGGUGUCUAGAGGGGCUCAAAGGUUGAACAACAUGAUUGAUUCAUGGUCUAGGGGUCUUAGGUAUGAUGGAAGUUCUGAAGAUAUAGCAAAAGAUUUGCUAAAAGGGGCUCUUGACCUGCAAGAAUCUCUACUAAUGCUUCGCAAGGUGCAAGAAGCUUCAAAACACAUGGCUAGUUUGAAGAGAAGACAAAAUGGGAAAUCUGAAAGUGGCAGAUUUGAUGCAAUGCCAAUUGAUGGGACUACACAUUGUGAUCAUUUUGGUGAACAAAGUUAUCCCAUGGGGUUCCAAAGACGUUGGCCUUCAGCUGAUGGUUCUUCAAGUAGUUGCACUGAGGAGCUUAAGAAAGUGAUUAAGGAGAGCCUGGUUAGUCAAAAUUUGUUCACAACCACUGAAGGGUUGGAUUCAGCAUCCACAUUCCACUCUACAAACUCAAGUCAAUCUUCUGUGGCUUGGAAUGAUAAGCAUUCUGAUUCUUCUUUCUCACCAACAACUUCAAGGAGGGAAAGCCGAUCCAAUCUGGUUGCCAAGCUGAUGGGUUUGGAAGAAAUCCCUUCAAGAUCACUUCCAGCUGUUAUACAGAAACAGUUGGAGAGUCCAAAGGUUCUCAAUCACAAAAGACCUAUAUUUGACAUAGAUAUGCCUAAGGUGAGAAAAAAUGUUGAGAAGGUUAAUCUAGAACGUAAGAUGACCUUGAAGGAAAUUCUUGAGACUACUCAUUUCAAUGGACUUCUGAAGAAGAGUCCUGUCAGAGAGCCUAAUGUUCAGGUCAAUCAUUCCAUUAAUCCAUAUUACAAACAUUGUGGUGAUUUACCUCCUAUUGUACUUAUGAAACCUCGAUGUACUCCAUAUCAGGAAUGUGUGAACAGUUAUGAGCAUGUUGUUCCUCCAGAAAAGUUAUCCCUUAGAAAUCUUAAAGCAAAAGCUGUCCCUUCCAAAGUGUUCCAACACAAGGAAGGAUCAACCACCAACAUGGGGAAAAAAAUGGAAGAACAUGUAUCCAAAAGGUUUGCCAAAGAGGAAAGAACUAAGCUCCUCAGGGAGUUUGAGGAGUUGAAAGAAAAAGAAAUCAAGUCUACUGAAAAUGAGAAGGCUCCAGGAGGUAAGGUAAAACUGCCAAUUCAUGUCACUCACAAAUCACAAGUAAAUGAAACUGUUGAUAGAAAAGCUAAGGUGAAGAUCAUUAACACUAGUAGAAAGCUACCAGAAAAGGAGGUUUCAAAACCCAAACAACAAAAUCUUAUCCCAGUGGGUGAUGUUUCGAAAUCCAAAGUUGUGACAAAAUCCCAUCAAGAUCAAGGAGAAAUCAGCUCUACAGGUACCAAGUUGAGGAAGCCACACAGUGGGUCCAUAAUUGAAAAGAAUGAGAUUCCCAGCAGGAAGAAUAUUGUUUCAAAUUCAAACACCGUCUCAAAACCAAAGAGUAAAAAAAUUAGUAAUUCCAAGGAACAGAAAAAGAAGCAGAUGAAGAAGCAAAGAGCUGCUGUUGCUGAGCCUGAAGCAGCUAAACCAGUUGAUGAACGGUUAGGCCAAAAAGAAGUAAAGAGUGUUGAUGUUUCUCAUAGAGAUGAUUACCCUGAGAUCAGAAUAAUAACUACAAUACCAGAUGAUCUUGCAUUGAAGCAUGAAGAAGUAGAUGCAUCUGCAAGUAAGAUUAGAGAAAUUUGUGAUCAAAACCAGAGUUCUUCUAGUGAUGAUUAUUUUAUGCUCAAGUCUGCACGUGAAAAUGAUGCCAUUCCUGCUGAGAAAGCUCAUGACAGCAUCAAUAUCAGUGAAACCGAUUGCAAGUCUGAGAAAGAGAGUUCCGAGCUUAAAAAUUUGCUUCUGUCAAGUCAAUCGUUUAUUGAACAUGCAGAGGAGCUCCUCAAUCUUGAUGAUGACUGUCCCAAGAUCCUACAGAAAAGUGAAACUAAGGAAAUAGCCAAUCUCAGACUCCACUUGGACUGUGCAAAUGAACUCACUGAGCGCAAAAGCCUUCAGGGGUCACAAGCAGUUCACCCUUUAUUGCUAACUUGUGCGGGGAAUCCAAGAUUGCACAUUUCUUUAGGUAGGUUGGUUGAUGAAGUCUAUAGUGCCAUUGAGCAUCUAACAUCGUACACUGAAAAACUAGCUUCAGAUAAUAUAUAUGCAAUGAUGGAGAGAGAUAUAAAGGGAAACAAUGGACUGAUAAAUGGAAUAUGGAACUGGGGUUGGAGGCAUGGAUUUUCUGCAGAUGAAGCUGAGCAAAUUGUCAAUGAAGUAGAGAACCUAGUUUUAGGAGGAUUGAUUGAGGAGGUAAUUGUAAAUUUAUGA